AUCUGUACAUUCCACGUGACUUGUGUCGUAGAUCGUGUAGACCAUAAUUGUACAGCUGUCAAUAUGGUCUACAGCUCGUAGCAAGCCGAGUUGAGAACGAAGAGUAGAUUAAUUCACGUAAAGAUUUCGGUUUUGUCUAAGCAAAAUUUAUAAUAUUUUAUAUUUUUAUAAUCACUAAUACGGUUCUUAGAUUUGUAGUAAAUAAAUGUAUAGUACAAACAGCACAUUAUAAAUAUAGUCAUAACGUUCAAGAAAAGAGGGUACCCUAAAAAGCCGGCAACGCACUCGCAAGCCUUCUGGCAGAGUGAGUGUCGCAACGCCGUCCCCAGCCGAAUCAGCCUCCAGUCUAUUCGACGCUAUUUAAUUUAAAAAAAAGAUAAUAUAUGUUGUAAAUUAAAAUCGUUAUAAAGUUUAAAAAAAAAUCUAUUACGUUAAAUACAGUAGAGGAAAUAAGUAUUUUCCUUCUAGUUAGAUAUCGAAAGUGUUAUUGAGACGAGUGUUAAACAGGCUAUUAGUCAGGGCUACACAGGUUGCGGUGUCGAAAGGGCGAGGGAGGACCGCGGCGCUAAUUCAAUAACAAUUGUUUAAUCGCGGAGAGAUUUGCGAAGGGUGUUCUGCCGAUUUGUCAGCCCUCCGCCCUCUGCUCUCGCGAGAUAUAUACCGAGUGCGUGUACGCCGACGGUCAUUUGGUCCUCGUCUGCGCCAUGCCCGGCGUUGUGACGAGACGUGGUGUGCGCCGAGGCUUCUCCUCCGCCUUCUUCUCAGUCGAUAACCUGGCGCAAGAACUCGCUUCUAUCUCGCAACCCGCUAAUGAAACGGUGUACGUGGAGGCAGAGGAUGGCGUGCUGCGCUGCGGUAGCCCGGCACGAACGACGCUUCAGGCCGCACUUGCUCCGUCACCGCCCGCCGCGGCUUUGCUGCUAGAGGUGUGUGCACCACCGAAAAUGGAUUGCUCUUCGGGAGAAGCCACUCUGCGUCUGCGGCUUGCAGCUGACGCGCCACCACACGCGGAUCUCACCAUGUGGUUUGAUGAAACUACCUUGGCACUCCUCGACAUGCCUUUUCUUACACUACGUAACAUUACGGGGAAAAGGAACUACAAGUGUCACGAGUGCAGUGUCGAGUUUGACAACCCAAACCCCUUGAAAAUACAUUUGUUCUCAAAGUGCCAACCCUUCGAUGAGAUAAGGUUUUGGAAGAAAUGUGUGGAAAUACUCCGCGGAAACUCAAUAACGGCAGCCGCAACCCUGUCAACGGCAGUCGACAGAGUGGCGUUCUCGAGUCCGGCCUGGGAGUGGCGAGGUGGAAGCGAAAUGGAAACUUUAGCCGCCGCCUGGGGCCGCGUGGGCCGCGGGCACGUGUGCGUGUAUUGCGGCAAGUUGUACUCUCGCAAAUACGGCCUCAAGAUCCAUAUUCGCACCCACACCGGCUACAAGCCGCUACGCUGCCGAUACUGCGCCCGCCCCUUCGGCGACCCGAGCAACCUAAACAAGCACUUGAGGCUUCACGCCGCCGCUGACGCAGCUCCUUCGUCGCCGUCGCCCCACGCUUGUCCACUCUGCGGAAAAGCUCUCGCCCGUCGAAGAGACCUCCAACGACAUUUGCGUACGCACCACGCCACCGAGUCACCGGAACUUGAUACUUCCGAUUUGUCGAAGUAAGCAAUUCCAUCUCCAUUUUGUUAAAUUAUUCUUACAUUAGAUUGUGAUCGUAGUAUAGGUAAGUAUAAAAUAUGCGUAUUUUACUUAACAUAUUAUAUUGUUUAUU